GUCCCAAGUGGAUAAUGUACUUUCUGUGGAAGGCCCUCGUCUCUUCCGAGCCAUAGAUCUGCUUACUGACCCGUCAAAGCGUCGCAACAGCAGCAUCAAUUCGGUCGUUGUUUGGGUUCACAACUGGUGGCACCGCUGUUUGCGAGGCAGAGUAGCUCGGUGACUGCCCUCCGUUCUUGUUCGAGCCUCAAUUCUCAGGAAGGAGGGGAGAGAUGGCAGCUAUGGCACAAGCCUCCAUUGUGAAUGCUCCCGCGACCUUGGGCGCCGCGAGCUCCGUCUCGAGGACGGGAGAUUUCCAGUCUGCUGCUAGGGUGCACUUCGGUGGAAUUGCCGCCAAGGUUCCGGGCGUGCUAUCUAGGCGGAGGUUGGUCGCUGUGCGCGCUGCUGUGGCGGAUGUGGAGAAGUUGGACAGGCUUGUAUCUGAAGUUGAGCAGUUGACCUUGGAAGAGGCUAGGGUUUUCACCGAAAAGCUCCAGGAGAGGCUCGGCGUGUCUGCUUCUUCUUUCGCAUCUCCGGCAGGAACCGCUGCCGGGGUGCCUGCUGAGGCUGCUCCUGCCGUGGAGGAGAAGACAGAAUUUGAUUUGGUUCUUGACGAGGUCCCGUCCUCGGCUAGAAUUGCCGUUAUCAAGGCCGUGCGUACUUUGACUGCUCUGGGGUUGAAGGAAGCGAAGGACAUGAUUGAGGGCUUGCCUAAGAAGGUGAAGGAAGGAGUGAGCAAGGAGGAUGCGGAAGAGGCGCAGAAGGCAUUGGAAGCUGCCGGAGCCAAGUGCAGCAUCAAGUAAAGCGUCGGUAAUGCAAGGGUAGGGACCCAAACCCCCGCCAGGAACUUUUCCUAACUCUCUGGUAUUCAAAACCUUAUAAUUUUCGUGCCGUGUGAGGGUUCUGGAAUAAAACCUGGUCUCGGGCCUUUAGCGUAUAGGAAGUGUCGGUUAGGUAUAGUAGAAAAUCACUUGUCGACGCUACAUUAUUAUUUUUUCGUAAUGCAGAAUCAUGACGCCCUCAGAAGAGUUUUUGCCCCAUUUGCCUUAAGCAUGCAUGCAUUCCUGUCCGGCAUGUUGACAGCUUUUUAGCCUCAUAGUCUGUUUGUCGCGUUAAAUUUGAAUACGAUUGAGUCUGCUCCGAAUUGAUUUUA